AUGUUGGUCGAGCAGGUACCGCUUUCAGCCUGGGUGCUUGUCGCCGUGGUGUUCCUUGUAGCUUCGAGACUGCAGAGACCCAAGAAGUCUACCGACAUCCUGCCCAAGGUUCGAGCGGAAGAUGAACCACGGUGUCUCAACAGUCAGGUGCCGCUCGUCGGCCAUGCAUACAACUACCUCAGUCAGGGUCCGGUGUACUUGUACCGACUGUGGAAGCAGUCCGAGGAGGCCAUCUUCACGUUGAAGGUCCUGAACAAGAGCAUCUACGUCUUUGCGGAUCCAGAGGCGUUGCAAGCUGCCGAGAAGCACUACAAGACCAUCAUCAACGACGAGCUGUUCGUGGAAGGAACGUCGCAGCUGUUCUUAUGGAGCAAGCGUCAGCAAGCGAUAGCCCUCAUUCACCUGCGAGACCCACAUUCUGCUGUGCCAAGUCUGUUGAAGACUGUACGACCGGCAUUGCGAGACAGUCUCCGACCUGGCGCCAACUUGGACGAAAUCGGAUUCAGAUACCAGAAAGAGUUUGGUCGGCAUGUCAAUGGCCUGGCUGCCAGCGGACCGGAGAACAUCAUGCUCUGGGACUGGAUAAGAACGACAAUGACACUCGGAGCUGGCCUGGCGACGUUCGGCCCCAAGCAUCCGUUCGUGGUAAACCCGUCCCUGCAAGCUGACUUCUGGGCUGUUGAGAAGGAGAACUUAAAGUUGAUCUUCUACCCCUUUGCCUCGCUGGUGUUGAGAAAAGGCUUCAAGGCCCGACAGAGAGUCCUGCGAGCCAUGUCGGAUUACGCCAGCAGCGACGGUAGGGAGCACGCAUCUGCGUUCGUCAAGGCUUACCACAAGGUACUUGAGCAGUACAAGCUCACGGACGAGGAGCUCGGUUCUUUCGACGCUACGGUCCUGACGGCCUUCAUCGGCAGCCUGAUUCCUCUCGGCUUCUGGGUCAUCUGCUUCAUCUUGGCGAAACCAGAGCUCAUGAAUGCCGUUCGAGAAGAAGUCGAUCGCUGCGUCGUGGCACCAGAUUCCACUGGUAGUUCAACUAGCGUUGACAUGGACAAGCUUCGCAACAACUGCCCGACAUUACUCGCCUCACUGAGAGAAGCUGGACGCAUCGCCAUGCAAGCCCCGCUCUUCCGGACAGUCACAGAGGAUACGCGUAUCGCCAUCCCAUCGCGAGGCGAGACACACCUCUUGAAGAAGGGAAGCCUAGCUAUGAUUGCGGUCAGCUGUGUCCACGGCAACGAAAAGGUCUGGGGUGACGAUAUCCGAAGCUUUGACGAAAAGCGCUUCUUGCCCCGGAAGACUUCAAGCUCAGACGGCACCAACUCUGACGAGCAGAGCGCAAAGGCCGACCCGGACAUCGCGCGGCCGGUCUUACUCGAUUCUUUUACCAAGUCGGCUUUCAGUCCCUUCGCCACAGGCGUGCAUCUUUGCCCCGGUCGACACUACGCGCAGACGGUCAUCAUGACCACAGUGGCGAUGUUCAUCGCCAGCUUCGACGUGACGCCGCUGGACAGCGACAAGAUUGUCAUUCCGCCGAUGAAGCCGGAGCUGGGUCUCGGUGCUGGAAAGCCGAUCAACGACGUUGGACUGACUGUUCGAAGGAGGAGUGGCUUCGAGGGAGUACAAUGGGGUCUAGAUGCUUGA